AUGUCCCUGGCCACCGUCACUCUGGCGCAGAACAAAGCGGCUGAAGUCAAGGCAACUCUGGCGCAGAACCAAGCCAAAAUCCGAAGUUGCCAACAGCAAGCCCGCCGACAGGCAAAGUCUUUGCUCCAGGGUGGCCUAUCUUGCGCUGCCGUGAGGCGAGUUCUUGCAGUAUAUGCUGUAUCAGAAUGGGAUUUGGGUUUGGCAGUGCAGGCAGCACAGCGGCUAUCCUCUUUGGCUACAUCUGAUGCAAGAUUUCCCACGUCAGAGUCUGUGCGGACACUCUUCACAGAGCAUGACCUGGACGAUUUGCUGCAGCUAUUUGAUGAUGGCCAUGCACUUUGGGUACCUGCGCGGAAGUUUGCUUCUCAGUUCCUUCGCGAACAUGAUAUGUUCAGAUGGAUAAAGCAUCUGAACCUUUCCCAAGGUGUGGCUCCAUCGGCCGCGGAAGUGUAUGAUUUUCAUGAGAGCAAGUUGUUUGGAUGCACGCCAUGUGGGCAACCUAGAAAACGCACCGUCAACAAAUUUGUGGCCCGGUUUCGGGCUAGAUGGGCUGUGCGGAGAGGGCGCCUGCGGGCAACUGAUGCUGUGGAUCCCGACCUUCUUCGCCAGAAGGCGGACAUUGUUUGGAUCAAUGUGGAUGAGACAUGCGUUGCUUGCUCGCCGGCAUGUCCAACAGGAUGUGUGGUGGGUGCCCAUUGCUGGAAGACUCACCCUGCCAAUGCUCAUAUGAGGGUGAAGAAAGACACAUCCAGGAAGACGUUCACUUAUGUGGCCAUGAUCGCUAGCCGUCCUUGUAUUCAAGCAGCCUUGCCCCAUUUCUUGGUUUGCAGUGAAAGCCGGAUGCCCAAGCUUGUUGCCAGAGCCUUCAAGGCAUUGCCGCCAUCCAGAUUGCAACUGCUUCGUGGUAAGUCUUCGUGGGUGACGGCCGAGACCUUUGUGACAAUUCUGACUGAAUUGCAAAAAGCCUUGCAACCUUGGCUCCCUGCUGUGAAGCCUAUCUUGCUUUUGGAUUGCGCCUGCCCCCACUUGCCGAAAAAAGUGCUGUCUUUUGCACAGAAGAAAGGGCUGCAGCUUCUCUUUGUGCCAUCCUGUGGCACUAGCACAUGCCAUCAGAACAGCCGAGCUUUAACUUGUUUCAUGUCCCUGGCCACCGUCACUCUGGCGCAGAACAAAGCGGCUGAAGUCAAGGCAACUCUGGCGCAGAACCAAGCCAAAAUCCGAAGUUGCCAACAGCAAGCCCGCCGACAGGCAAAGUCUUUGCUCCAGGGUGGCCUAUCUUGCGCUGCCGUGAGGCGAGUUCUUGCAGUAUAUGCUGUAUCAGAAUGGGAUUUGGGUUUGGCAGUGCAGGCAGCACAGCGGCUAUCCUCUUUGGCUACAUCUGAUGCAAGAUUUCCCACGUCAGAGUCUGUGCGGACACUCUUCACAGAGCAUGACCUGGACGAUUUGCUGCAGCUAUUUGAUGAUGGCCAUGCACUUUGGGUACCUGCGCGGAAGUUUGCUUCUCAGUUCCUUCGCGAACAUGAUAUGUUCAGAUGGAUAAAGCAUCUGAACCUUUCCCAAGGUGUGGCUCCAUCGGCCGCGGAAGUGUAUGAUUUUCAUGAGAGCAAGUUGUUUGGAUGCACGCCAUGUGGGCAACCUAGAAAACGCACCGUCAACAAAUUUGUGGCCCGGUUUCGGGCUAGAUGGGCUGUGCGGAGAGGGCGCCUGCGGGCAACUGAUGCUGUGGAUCCCGACCUUCUUCGCCAGAAGGCGGUGCUAUUAUUCCGUUUGCAAGGCUUGUUUUUGUGA